AUGUUUGCCGCUCGUCAAGUCAUUGGUACUGUUCAGCGCAGAGCCUUCUCGGCUUCUGCCCGCGAUGUGAGUGCUCUUGUAGCCUGUCAAUGCCUCGCGCGGCGACAAUCCUCUACCCUCGAUUGCACCAGACUAACAAUAUCUUGCGCAGNNGCCUCCAAGGUCGCCGUCCUCGGUGCCGGUGGUGGUAUUGGCCAGCCUCUGUCGCUUCUCCUGAAGCUCAACCCCAGAGUCACUGAGCUUGCCCUCUACGAUGUCCGUGGUGCUCCCGGUGUUGCUGCCGACUGCUCCCACGUCAACACCAAGUCUGUUGUAAGUAGCUACUCGGCUCACAGAAUUCACAUCGCAAUGCUUACACACUCUACAGNNGUCAAGGGUUACGAGCAGGCCGAUGUUGCUGCUGCCCUCAAGGGCUCCGAGAUUGUCCUCAUCCCCGCUGGUGUCCCCCGCAAGCCUGGCAUGACCCGUGAUGGUAUGGACUUGUUCAAUUCGACCAACCAGAAACACAAACUAACACAUGCUANNGACCUCUUCAACACCAACGCCUCGAUCGUCCGCGACUUGGCCAAGGCUGCUGCUGAGAACUGCCCCAAGGCACACAUCCUCAUCAUCUCCAACCCCGUCAACUCGACCGUCCCUAUUGCCGCCGAGGUCUUCAAGGCUGCCGGUGUCUACGACCCAAAGCGCAUGUUCGGUGUCACCACUCUUGACGUUGUCCGUGCCUCGCGCUUCAUCUCCCAGCUCAAGAACACCGACCCCGCCUCGGAGAACAUUGUCGUCGUUGGUGGUCACUCUGGUGCUACCAUCGUCCCUCUCCUCUCCCAGUCUGGCUACAACCUCGAGGGCGAGCAGCUCGACGCCUACGUCAAGCGCGUCCAGUUCGGUGGUGACGAGGUCGUCCAGGCCAAGGGCGGUGCUGGCUCUGCCACUCUCUCUAUGGCCAUGGCCGGUGCUCGCUUCGCCGAGUCUCUCCUCAAGGCUGCCCAGGGCGAGAAGGGUGUCAUUGAGCCCACCUUUGUUGACUCUCNNCCCCUCUACAAGGACCAGGGUAUUGACUUCUUCGCCUCGCAGGUCGAGCUCGGCCCCAACGGUGUUGAGAAGAUCCACCCCGUUGGUCAGAUCACCGACUACGAGCAGAAGCUCCUCGACGCCUGUCUCAAGGACCUCAAGGGUAACAUUGAGAAGGGUGUCAAGUUCGCCAAGGAGAACCCUUAA